AUGUUGCCAGUAGUAUUUUUUUUAAUUUACGCUAGUAUUUCGAAUGCGGAUUAUUUUUCGAAUAGUGUUAAUCACAUGGAGUUUUAUAAGAAUAGGACGCGGCCUUCGAAGGCGUUUUCUAGUUUUUCCAAUAGUUAUUUUAAUCAGAAUUUGUUGCAAAGGCCUAGUAAGGUGAAUAAGGUGCAGUGUGGUACUAGGACUGUAGAUUUUAAUCCCAGAAGAAUGGCGAAAAUUGUUGGUGGUACUGAAACGCCGUAUGGAGCUUUUCCUUGGCAGGUGGAAAUCCAGAUGCUUGACACAGAGAAGCUGACAUUCGAGCACCAGUGCGGCGGCGCGGUCAUCGCCGAGCGGCUGGUGCUCAGCGCAGCGCACUGCUUCGACAAACAUCCGUUGCAAGUGGAACGCAUCCGUCUGGUGAUGGGGGAACACCGUCUGAACAUCCAGGACAAGCAUGAGCAUCGGUUCCUCGUGGAGAAGGUGGUUCCACACCCUGAGUUCAGAAAAAACGGACCCCAUAGCAACGACAUAGCCCUAAUCCUAGUAGCCCGGUCCAACCACGUGCAAUUCAACUCCCACGUCCGACCCAUAUGUCUGCCAGACGCAGGAGCGGAGAGUACGGGGAGAUGGUGUGCUGUAACGGGCUGGGGGUACCAGACAGAGAGCACAGAAAGCUUCGCUCCCGUGCUGCGCGCCGCCGCCGUCCCGGUUUUGGACUUGGCCACGUGUAGAAAAGACCAGAUCCUCGGUGGGAGGCAGCAGGCGAUUCUGGACUCUAUGAUAUGCGCAGGCAUACUCUCAGGAGGCGUGGACGCGUGCAAGGGCGACUCAGGGGGUCCGCUGGCCUGCACCCACGGGGGUCGCUGGCAGCUGCACGGGGUCGUGUCCUGGGGCUCCGGGUGCGGCAGGCGAGCCAGGCCGGGGGUCUACACGAGGGUCGCUGCCUACGUGGACUGGAUUACGAAGACUGCGAGUGCUUUGGGACAUCGGUUGUAG